AUGGAGCUCCUGAACAUCAGCAGAGCUGUCACCCAGGACAUCCUCAUUGCUUUUUCCCCCAUGGAGCACCCCAGGAUGCUGAAUGUGAUGGAGAAGGGGAAGGCAGGGAAAAUCCAGCUCCCUAGGGCAAUAUUCCGGUUCCUGAGCAGCCAGACAGUGCGUGUGGUGGUGACAGUCCUCAACAUCCCACAGCUGGGCAUGUUCCAGGAGGUCAACCAGACAGGGCAGGUCCUGGUGGACACCGUGGUGGGCAUCACAGUGGGAGAGAUGAGCAUCUCCGGGCUGCGGGACCCCAUGCAGCUCACCUUCACCCAUAGGCGGCUGCCCCACGGUGUCACCCCACAAUGUGUCUUCUGGGAUCCCAGCAAAGGGCAGGCAGGAGGCUGGAGCAGCAGCGGAUGUGUCACGCAGCCUGGGGACAAGGGGACAGUCUCCACCUGCGACCAUCUCACCUUCUUCACCCUCCUCCUGAACCCAGCUCUGGAUGGGUCCACAGCACAAGCCCUGAUGGCUAUUGCCACUGCUGGCUGCAGGGUAGCCAUGGCUUGCUUCACCAUCACCAUCACCUUCUGCAUCUUCUUCAGGUGCAGGUUCAGGUCCAUGGGGCUGCAUGUGAACCUGGUGGGCAGCCUGCUCCUCCUCAACCUGGCCUUCCUGCUCAACAGCGGGCUCUCCGGUGGGACCCUGCUGGGGACCUGCAAGGUCCGGGGGGGGCUCACCGACUACUGCCUGCUCUGCUGCUUCACCUGGGUGGUGCUGGGGGGCUGUCACCCCUACCUUCUCUUCAUCAAGGUCCUCGGCACCUACAUCCACCACGACCUGGUGAAGCUGUGCCUGGUGGGCUGGGGUGAACACCACCAGCCUCAGUGAGAGCCAGGGGGAGAGG